AUGGCAUCUGUUGCUACAACUUUAGCAAUUAUAGGAAUGUUUUUUAUUUCUCCUGCUUUAAUACCAGCACUGCUUUGUGGGGUUGUAUUAUAUGAUUUUUUCAAGACAGAACUGCCACCUGGAAUUGAGCAACCUCUAAAGCUUCGUUUUUUCCACUCCUUGAUGAUCACAACCAUGGUUGUGGGAAAGAUUUUGGAGAAGCUGGGGAUCUGCAAUGAUUUAACCAUACUGAGAGCAGUGGUCAAUGGGAUACCUCCAUGGAGAGAUUCCAAACUGCUUAUCAAAGAUCUCACAGUAGAUGAGGUGCCCUUGAGGAUUUAUCAGCCCAAAAGUCCACCCACUGGCAAAAGAAGAGGAAUUCUCUAUUUUCAUGGAGGCGCUGGCACAUUUGGGAGCAUUAGAGCCUUUGAAAGAGUAUGCCGCUAUAUGGCCAAAAAAUGCAACUCAGUGGUUGUGUCUGUUGGGUACCGUCUGGCUCCUGAACAUCCCUACCCAGGGCAAUAUUUUGACUGUCUCAAUGCCACCUUAUACUUCAUGAGGAAUUUAGAAGAGUAUCACGUGGAUCCUGGUCUCAUCAUCAUCAGUGGUGACAGCUGUGGGGCUAAUUUUGCUACAGUUAUUUGCCAAAUACUGCUGAAUGAUAGAGAUCUGCCAAAAGUGCGUGCUCAGGUCCUGCUUUACCCAGGGCUCCAGGGGCUGGAUUUCCACUUGCCCUCCUACCAGCAGAACGCUUUUGUCCCCAUAUUGUCCCGGAAGCUGAUCAUCUACUUCUGUUUUCGUUACCUUAACAAAAAACCCACAUUUUGGAAAGAUGUUCUACAAAACUGCCAUGUUCCUGAUAGUAUGAGACAACGGUAUAAGAAAUGGGUAAGUGCUGACCUUAUUCCUGAUGAAUUUAAGGUUAGGGGCUACAUACCACCAAAACCUGCAUCAUAUAAGCCUGAAGUCCACGAAGCUAUCAAAGAAAUUUUAGAACUAACAUUUUCCCCACUAUUAGCUGAAGAUUCCAUUAUUUGCCAGCUCCCUGAGUCCUUGAUUGUGACCUGUGAGUUUGAUGUGUUGAGGGAUGAUGGUCUGUUAUACAAGAGGAGACUAGAGGAAAAUGGUGUUCCAGUGACCUGGUAUCAUUGUGAGAAUGGCUUCCAUGGAAUUUUAGCCUUUUUUGGCUAUGGGAUUUUUUCCUUUUUAUCUGGAAAUAAGAUCAUGGACAGUAUUGUGAAUUAUAUAAACAGUUUAUAG